AUGUCAAAAAAAGUGUUAAUUGCUGUUGCAAAUGGGUUCGAAGAAAUCGAAUUUGUAACCCCUGUUGAUAUACUAAGGAGGGCAGGAUUAAAUGUUACAAUAGCAGUUUCUGGUGAUUGCAAUAUGGUUGUGGGGGCACACGGAAUAACUAUUAAGGGUGACAAAUUCUUAAAUGAAGUAUUAUCUGAAGAUUAUGAUUUGGUUAUGUGCCCUGGAGGAAUGGAGUGCGCAAUAAAACUGGGAAAGGACCAAAACCUGCUGAAAAUUUUGCAUGAAACAAAGAAAAAGGGUAAAAUAAUAGCUUCGAUUUGUGCUUCACCUGUUAUUGUAUUUGAGAAGAAUGGCCUACUAUCUGAUGUUGAAAAGGCAGUCAGUUAUCCAUCUAUGAUGAGUGAACUUGCUAGACCUGAUAGUGCAAAUUCAGCGGUUUGCGUGAGUUCUAAUGUAGUAACUUCACAGGGGCCAGGAACUUCUGUUUCAUUCGGGUUAAAACUUGUAGAAAUGUUGUGUGGAUUGGAACAAUCAAAUCUAAUUGCAGAUUCAAUUGUUGCGGCUUAA